AAACUCGACAAGAAAACGAAGAGUGACGCGUUUCUGCGAAUUUCUUGUCUCAAAGCGCUCUCGUUGCUAAUAUGAAGUUAGCUCUGUUAGCAGCCGGUGACAUGAAGUGAUUGAGCGAGGACGAGUUGGCAGGGAGACCGUGUUUGGUUUGACUUCAGACAGCAAUAAUGCCUGUCGCGGUCGGCGGAGGCCAUGGAAGAACUAUGCUGUCCGUCUGCUUUCCGCUUGCUGUCCUUGUCCUGUCGAUCGUCCAGGUUACUGCUGUUCCAGAAGAACAAAUCUCUGUCCAGGCUCCUGAAGAGAAAGUCUCAGUUUCUCAUCCAGUAGGUCCAGUAGUUAAUGACCAUGGGUCUAUCAAAGGUAACAUGGGGUUCAUCCAUGCCUUUGUGGCUUCUAUCUCAGUCAUCAUUGUCUCAGAGUUGGGAGACAAGACGUUCUUCAUUGCAGCCAUCAUGGCCAUGCGUUACAGCCGUCUCACCGUACUGGCAGGUGCUAUGUUGGCCCUGGGUCUCAUGACAUGUCUCUCUGUGCUGUUUGGAUACGCCACCACCAUCAUCCCUAGAAUCUACACUUACUAUGUGUCCACCGCUUUGUUCGCCAUCUUUGGUGUACGCAUGCUGAGAGAGGGACUGAAAAUGAGCCCAGAUGAAGGUCAAGAUGAGCUGGAGGAGGUGCAGGCAGAGAUCAAGAAGAAGGAUGAAGAGAUUCAGCGAUCCAUACUAAUUAAUGCGACACCAGACCUGGAGGCGGGGAUAGGGACACCGCUGCCUCAGACCAAAUGGUACAAUUUUAUCUCGCCAGUUUUCCUCCAGGCGCUCACGCUCAGCUUCCUUGCAGAGUGGGGGGACCGGUCACAGCUGACCACGAUUAUACUGGCUGCCCGUGAGGAUCCUUUUGGGGUGGCAGUGGGUGGUACCCUUGGACAUUGUCUGUGUACAGGAUUGGCUGUUAUAGGAGGAAGAAUGAUUGCCCAAAAAAUAUCUGUAAGAUCAGUUACAAUCAUUGGAGGGAUUGUUUUCCUGGCCUUUGCCUUCUCUGCCCUUUUCUUCAAACCAGAAGAAGGAUUUUAAUUGGAUCCGAGACUUACCACUUGAGUCUGUAUGGAUGUGUAAAACCUUUUUGAAGUUUGUGUGUACAAACUGUACUUUGUUCAUAUGUCCAGUAUGAAAUGAGUCUUGAGAUCCUGCUCCCUCUCCAAGGAUCUGAUUCACUAGUAUGUUGUUGGGUUUUUGUUUUUUUUAAGAAGGAUUCACCUGCAGAUUGAUCCCUUUUGUUGGAACCUCCUGGAACUGAGGACUGCAGGACUGAGAAUGUGGUCCACACGUUCAUAAACAAUACAAGUUAGAUUUUUCAGACGUUGGAAGCCGUGCUCACUGAGAGAGGGAUCUGUGACUGGUUUGUUAGUGGUCGCUGCUGUGUAACCGUCCGUAUUAGUUUUAUUGACUCAGAAUCUGACGCUAAGCAAUUACUUCUGUCAGUUUAUAAAUGUUUUUGCCCCCCCUUUUUUUUUUUUUUUUUCCUGAAUUGUUGAUUUUUGUCUUAAAGGGAUCAUGUUGUACUGUGCACGUUUUCAGCCGACUGGUAUGUCACCAGGUGUCUCUGACCUGAAUAAGUUAUAGAUAAAAAUGCCUUGGAACCACUCAGGUGAUGCAUCCUCCAAAAAAAAAAAAAAAAAAAAAAAAAAAAAAAAAAACUAAUUACCGAUGGGCUCAGUGGGCGUGGCUCACAGCAAGCAGGAGACAUAUUUCUGUCACGCAUGUCACAGACAUCUGUAUCAGGCCGACACCUUGCUUGCAGCAGCGUAGCUUCAACCUGUGAGCAAAUAGAAAUGUUUGACUUUGAGGAUGACUAAUGUGGAAUCUAGAAAAUAUUUAAUUAUGAAGGUGAAGUAAAGCCAGUUUCAGUUUCAUUCAGUUACUGUCAUCAGAUGCUAGUGUGUUUUGAAUCUGUUUAAUUUGCUUGUCCUUUGUGUUCAUUCUCAACUUUCCUGUCAUGGUGGGAAAAAAAACAUCAAAAUGGAACCACCACCACUUUGUUUGUGGUUGGGGGGGUGGGCAGGAUUAAUGUGCUCUAAUUCAUGUCAGAAACAAUGUCCUCAAAUGUUUAACUUCUGAUAUGUAGGAAUGAAGUUUUGGCAUAGACAUGAAAAGCUACAGGCUGAUUGUGCAGCCGGCAUGUUGACAUAGUGACUUCACUGAAAACAUGGUUCCUGUGGCUUUUCUUUCCAGUUUAACAAUGCAGACAAUGAACACAUGAAUGAUUAGGUUGGAGGCGGGUCACAAAUGCUACAUUUUUUUUCAGACUAAAAACUCUAAAAGUUCAUCCAUAGCCCAGUUUGUGAAACUUCUGCUAGUUUACUAGGUACAGAGACGUACAGAAUGAAAUACAGCGCACGUGCUGUAGAUCGCUAACGAGCAUCACUGGUGACGCCAGACAGCACUGCAUAAAUUAUAGGUACCUUUGUAGAAUUUUUAUAAAAAUAUCGAAAUUGCAGAACUAUAGGUAAAGUUGUAUAAAAUUUAGUGAAGUGCCUUUUUUUAAUCUUUAGCUGGAUCUUAAUUUUUAAAGGUUCUCAGUAGAUUAAAUUUAACCUUUGCACAGUAUUGUCUACCCCCCACUUCCCCACAAAUAGACUGUAACUGUAACCGCUGUUGGCUGACGGUAUUCACUUCUGCAGACCCAGCUAAUUAGAGUGACAUCAGAACAGUUGGUCUAGAGGCUGACCAAUACAGUUUUUUUUAUUUUUAUUUUUUUUAUUGUGGGGGUAAGCGAUACGAUAUUAAGGCAUAAACAAUUUAUAAUGCAGAUAUAGCUGCUGAUGUAUACAUAAUUAGCAAACUCAAACUCUCUCUUGUAGCUAAUGUGACCGGGGGGGGGGGGGGGGGGGGGCAUACAAAAUAAUGUUUUGUCCAACAGACCACCCUCUGGUGGGAAAAACUAUGUUGUGAUACAAUUUCCAACAGCCAAAAUGCUUAUUUCUAUUAGUUUUCUACUUUUAAUUUGGACCUAGUUUCUCAACCUGUCGUCUUAUUUUUUUCUGAUUUUUGUUUUGAAUGCAGCGUAAUAGUGUGGUGUGAUAUGUCAUAAAAAGGGCUCCUGUAGGAUUUUUGUGACAAAAUUGAUUUUUUUUUGCUGAUUUGACUUGGGUAGGGGUCCAGUUGACUGAAAAUAGCGGGGUACAAUUUUUCUGACCCCCAUAACCCCCUUUUGGAGGGACUUGUUUGCCGAGGAUGCAAAAAAAACCUAAAUUACUAGUUUUUAGUCACUUCUAUUAAACUUUAGUCUUUUAUGGGUUUUCAUUGUUGCUAACUUCAUAUAAAACUUUUUUUUAUAAAUUGCAGACUCAGCACAGACUGAUAUUUAAGUCUUUAUAUUAUUAAUGGAAUAAGGAUUUGUUACAAUUUACCAGUUUUAUCAACUACAUGUUACUCAUAAAUUUUUCAGUGACCACAGUCAGUUUUGGACAGACAGGAAUCUUUGGAGAUGCUGUGGUUUUUAAGGGAAUAAUUUCAGUGUUAACAUUUGGUUUCAUGACCAGUUAAGUAAUAUUUAUUUUUAUAUACUGUAACAAUAACACGUUAUAUAAGUAAAUAAGGUAAAUGUUUUCUGAUUAACAAUUAGUUUACACAAGAUAACAUAGAAUAAGUUAGAAUAAGACACCACACAUUAUCAGAAUAACAUCUAUAGGUAACUGUAUUAAAAUAUAUUUAUAUUUGUGUGUGUUGUAGAUUAUGCAUAACGGUGAAGUGAGUAUCCUUGAAGCUGUGUCUGCAAAAUGAGUGCUUGUAUCAUCUGCAAUGAGGGUGAAACAUCAUCCAAAAGACUUGUUUGUAAUCCACAGAUGGUUGAAGAACUCCUGGACUGUUGUAAAGAAAGACUAAGCCUUGGGGAUACCAGCAUUCAAAACCUCACAGAGCUUAUCAAGUUUGGAACAGUCAAAAAGAAAAGACUUAUAUCACAGUGAAUGCCGUAAACCCCUUGUGAAUAAAUGUGUAAUUAAAAAACUCAGGGAGGGUGCUAAAAAGCGUGAUAGAUCUAACUCCCCCAUAGGUUUCUUUCCUGCUCUAGGUCGCCCCUCAUGUUCAAAUGCUCCAAACUGUCCAAAAAGUCUAUCUAAAGCAGAGGUGUGUCUGUACUCUUCAUGUUCUUUCUGUGCAUCUGAGGCCAAAGAGUCUUUGCAUCAGGUUUUUACUGAUAGAAUGGGUGAAACAUUGCUUCAGAUAAAGUUGAACACGUGAUGAUCAUGUCCGAACUUGUGUUUCUGAUCUGUUUGAUGCUGGUGAUGCAGCUGCUCAAGAAAAGUUCUAUCACAGAAACUGCUUACGGUCAGCACAGAGAACCCGUCUUUCUGAGGGCCACAGCAAUGUGCCUCUGAUCCAAUCUCUUUGUGAUGAAGAGUUACUCAUGUUCAUUCAAAAUACAGUUGUGGAUGAUUGUGACACAAUAAAUAUGGCUGAGGUGAAUGAGGCCUACAUCUCGCUCUUGAAAAGAUAUCAGAUAGAGGUCAAGGGUGAUGAAAACUACAGAAAACACCUGAAAAGGUUAAUCACUGAGCGUCUGCCAAAUUUCCAGUUUGUCAAAUCACUGCGUAAGAAUGAGCCUGACAAACUUAUUACCCUGAAGGGUGUUAGCAAAGCUAUUGAUGUCCACCUAGAUUCACUUGACACAGUUGCAAAACUGAGAGUGACAGCUGAUAUCUUGCGAAGGGAGAUAACCAAAAAUGAAAUCAAUAUUUUUCAUGUUAUCCAGGGUGUAUCAUUAUUAUGUUGAGUACCCUCAUAACCCCAUAGAUUAAUUUUGGGGCCCUUAGGAGACCCAGCCCCCCAAAAUACAGAAAAGCAACAAAGCUUGAUUUAUUGCAUGCAGGGUGUAUUAUUUAUGUAUUUAGCACCCUUACAAAUUAAAAAAAGGACUAUAAGAUUGUGAAAAUUGGUCUAGAAUUGAGGAAGAUACGCUUUAUACUGUUUGAGGGCCACCCGGGCAGAAUGACCCCCAUAGAGGGGUGUUACAGGGGUCAGAAAAAUUGUACCCCAUUAUUUUCAGUUAACUGGACCACUAACCAAGUCAAAUCAACAAAAAAAUCAAUUUUGGCACAAAAAUCCUACGGAAUUACAUAUCGCACCACACUAUAAAUUGGCUCGGUGUCUUCAGCCCUGUUGAUCUUGGCUCUUUCUCAUGUUGCAGUCACAUGACAGUGAGUGAACAAGUCUGCGGUGUUUAUAAUGAGACAGAAGUGAAUACGAAGCUACAGUGUAGCAGCACAGAAGCCUGAGUAUGGCCGUGUAGUAUGUCAGGAUUCAUUUACCAUUUUUCUUAUUUAUUUAGCUUAUGAGUUUGUUUUGAGCAUAUAUACUGCAGGUGAGAAGGGUCACUGUACACUUGGAAUAUGUUUUCUGUUUUUUUUUAAUUUACAGGCUGAUGCUGUGAUGUCAAUAUUUGACAGGCUUUGGCCAUGUGUAAAAUUAUGUUCAAGAUGCAUAUACACAUUGGUUUAACCUGAAUAAAAGUGUUUCCUGUGGUCU